CAUGCGUGCUGUAAACAGAGAACGGCAGUAAGUAGAAGAAUUGUUUUUCAUGGAAAUUACAAGAAAAAAUCUUCCCAGGGAAUGGGAUGAACGCUGGAGAAAAGAGAAGGAGCGCAGGAAAAGGGUGAUAGAAGAAGGUGGAGAGAAGUUUGAGGAAGAAAACAGGAAGCUAAAAUGGAUCAUGUCCUACAACGACAGCAGGAUAGGAAUGAAAGAGAGGGCAGUGAAGGACAGCGAGUGCGAUAAUAUGGAAGUAGAUGAACUUCUACAAAGGUAUCAUAGACAAAGUUACCCGAGCGAGAUCUUCCAGACUCUGGUGGAGAUGAAGAUGGAGAACAUCCUCACGGAUCUGAUCUUGAGCACCGAGGAUGGGAUGAGCUUCCAUGUUCACUCGCUCGUCUUGGCUGCGGUGAGCUCCCUCAUCCAGCAAAAGCUCCAGGAGAGGGAUGGAGAUGAGAAGGAGAUCUCGCUGAGAUUGUGUCCCGAGGUUCAUGGUUCAGGUUUGGCUGCAGUGGUGGAGUUCGCCUACACUGGAGCCAUCAGCAAUCUGAACAAAGACGGCAUGCCACAGAUUCAGACUGCAGCUUGUAGUCUUGGAGCUCCUAGAGUCCUGGAGAUCACCAAAGACCAGGAAGAUGGGGGUAACAGGGAAGAAAAACUGAGAAAGAUCUCAGCGGAGGAGCAGUUGAAAGUUGGCCUGCAGUCCAUGAAGGACUUAUGGGCCAAGAGAGUGGGAUGUGAUAUCGAACUGGUUGCAGAAGGAACGGUUUUCCAAGCUCACAGGGUGCUACUGGCAGCCAGCAGCGACUACUUCAGAGGCAUGUUUACCAGCGGUAUGAAGGAGAGCCGGCAGGAGUCCGUGUCUCUGCUGUUAGUCGGAGCCGGAGAGCUUGAGCCCCUCCUGAACUGGGCCUACAGCGGCACUCUGAUGCUCGGAUGGGGCUGCGUGUUCGACCUCGCCUCUACCUCCCUCCAGCUUCAGAUUCAGCCUGCCAUCUCGUUCUGCCUUGAGUUCUUGGAGCAAGAAAUGGAUGUCCUCAACUGCCUGGACGUGGCGUCUUUCGCAGAGGCUUACGGGAUGACGGGGCUAAUGGAGCUGGCUGAGGAUUUUAUCCUGAGACACUUCCAAGAAGUAUCUGCCACCCCAAAGUUUCGGGACCUCCCGGCCGAGAAGCUUCUGGCGUUCCUCCGAUGCGACGCGCUGUCCACUCCAUCGGAGCUGGCUGUUUUCCGAGCGGUCGUCACUUGGGUGGAGGCCGAUCCCAAUGAACGGCUCCCGCAGGCCGAAGAGCUAAUGCAAGCAGUGCGUUUUUCAUUCAUGACCUUCCGAGAAUUUCGAGAAGUGCGCGCUGUAAACCUGCGCAUGGAAUGCAGUGGAGAAUUCGAGGUUGAACUCUACAAAUCGGCACUAGAGGAGUUUGGCAUUGGCAUCUCUGACCGUGCGCAACCACGUGUGCGUCACCCCAAAGACGCCCUGGUUUUGGUUGGAGGCGAUCAGCUGAAUCCAGACAUGGAUCAACGACUUCCCAGCAGGCAGCUCUGGUUUGUUAACUCUCUGAGAAGUGGAAUAGGCCUUGUGAAGGAGAUUGAGUGGAGAAUGCUGGGAGAAAUGCCAGAUCGGGCCAGAUUUAGACAUGGUGUUGGGGUCCAUGAUGGUCAACUGUAUGUUGCUGGCGGAUGCCACUUUUACACAAAGUAUGACGUCAUGAAAUCUGUUUACAGGUACGACCCUAUGCGAGACCAUUGGAAAAGGCUGGCUGACCUUCUGGAACUAAGGAGUAACUUUACGCUGGUGGUGAGUGGAGACGCCCUGUAUGCUGUCGGAGGAGACAAAGACAUCCACACAAAUCUUGACAGCGUGGAAAAAAACUCACUGGAAACAGAUUCCUGGAGCUUCACCCAUCCUUUGGACCAAGCCUUAAGCGGUCACGCUGCCGCCGUCUGGGGAGGUGAAAUCUUUAUCUCUGGAGGCUUCAACUGCAAGUACCAAUGCCUGCCGUCGAUGUUCCUCUACCACCCGGUGAGAGGAACCACAUACCUCGCUGACAUGACCCACGACCGGGCCCAGCACUGCAUGGAGAGCAUGAGGAACCAUUUCUAUGUGGCUGGCGGGGUCUGCAACCUUAAUACGUACUACACCAACCAGCUGGUCUGCGAGAUGUACGACCCGGUACACGACACCUGGACGGUGUUCACUCCUCUCCCCGUUCCCCACGUCGGCGCGGCCUCUGCUGUCCUGGAGGAGAGGCUGUAUAUUCUCGGGGGUUAUUGCCGGGAGGACUAUACAGAGGCGAGACGCACUGACCGCUAUGACCCUGUGACUCAGAGAUGGGACAGCAUGGGAAAGAUCCCCGGUCCCGUCACUGACGUGUGCGCAUGCCUCCUUCAUCUACCUGAGCACAUCAGGAAAUGAGAAAAACGUGUGUUGCUUUAUUUAGGGAGCUGCCUUGUAGGGCGAAUUUUCUCUCAAAUGAAGACAUAUGGAACGCUCUGUAUGAGCAGCAAGUCUGAUUGUCAAAUAAAAGUCCUUGCAUGAAGACAUUUUAUAAUUCAUUUGAAUCAUAAAUAUUUGAACUAUUUUUAUUUAGACAUAUCGCUAUACAACCAUUAAAAAGUAUUUCUGUUCCUUGAAAUAAAAUAUGAAAAAUCGAUUUUAUUUUG